GUAAACGGUCCAGUUCGCUUCGUUCGAUCACUUGCCCAUCUAAAUUUCAAAUUCCCCUUUUUCGGGCAUUCUUACGACUCAAAUUUAUACGAUUUAAUUUGAAAUUAAGAUUAAAUUCAGGGCCUGCUGACCCCUGACCCCGCUGUGGACAUGGUUUACCCGAGUGACACGUCGGACGGCAACAACGAGGAGCUGGCUCUGGAAUCCAGUGUUGCACAUGGCAAUAUCAACGGCACUGGCAACGGCACUGGCAACACGCCUGGGACAACAACCACUCCAAAUGGGGACAACAAAGUCAAUCAGCGGCAAUACGAGCCGCGCGAGCGCUUCAUUAUCACCAAAAACGUGGUCGUGAUAGGCCUGGCCUUCAUGAUUCAUUUCACGGCCUUUCACGGCACAUCGAAUCUGCAGAGUUCGGUGAAUGCGGACAAAGCCCUAGGAACCACUACUCUGGCCGUCAUCUACGGCUCGCUGAUACUGUCCAAUAUCUUCCUGCCGAUGACCGUGAUUAGUUGGUUCGGCUGUCGGUUGACCAUGGCUUUGGCUCUCUUCGCCUACAUGCCCUACAUAGCCGCCCAGUUCUAUCCGAGAUUCGAGACCCUAAUCCCGGCUGCCUUAAUGGUGGGUUUCGGCGGCGGGCCACUGUGGUGCUCAAAGUGCACCUACCUCUCCACGGUUUCGGAGGCACUUACCCAAGUGCGGGGAAACAAGUCACGCAAGGAUGUGAACACAGUCAAGUUUUUUGGGCUCUUCUUCAUCUUCUACCAGAUGGCCCAGGUGUGGGGAAACCUGAUCUCCUCAUCGGUUUUGACUCUCAGCGCCCCUGCCUCGCAAUCCCCUGCGAAUGAAACUUUCGAAAUGGAACUGCAGCGAGAGCUGGAGAGGCAGAAGGUUGCCGAGUUGUGUGGUGCUAACUUUUGUCCCGGAGUGGGGGCAGAGGCCAAUCCCAACCUGGUGCCACCAGCUCCUGAACAAAUCCAGUUGCUUAAUUCCAUCUUCCUCACCUGUAUGGCAGCUGCGGUGGUCAUGAUGAUCUUCGGCGUCAGCUCCCUAAAGCGCUAUGGAGUCAAGCGCGGAGACACUGGCGAUGGCAUGUCGGGGCUCAAGCUCCUCACGGUGACCAUAAAUCUGCUGCGCAAGCGUCGUCAGAUCCUGAUGCUGCCCAUCACAAUGUUCAUUGGCCUGGAAGAGGCCUUCCUAGCCGUAGACUUCACCCGAUCAUUUGUGGCUUGCGGUUGGGGAAUCUCGAGGAUCGGAUUCGCCAUGAUCUGCUUUGGAGUAGCAAAUGCAGUGGCUGCUGGAAUUGCUGGUGCUUUAGUGGAGCGCAUCGGACGAGUCACCCUGGCCGGACUUUGUGCUGUACUCAAUCUCUGCCUGCUCACCUACAUGUACAGCUGGGAGGCAAAGGAGGGUGAUUACCUGAGCUACUGCACCUUUGCGGCGAUUUGGGGAAUCUGUGAUGGAGUCUGGCUGGUUGUGGUCAAUGCUUUUUAUGGCAUCCUAUUUCCGAACCACCUGAUUGCCGCUUAUAGCAACUUUCGUUUAUGGGAAAGCACCGGUUCGGUAAUUGGCUAUGUCAUCAGUUCGCAGCUUUGUACUUCCACCAAGUUGGUGAUUUUAAUGGGAGUUAUGUUGGUGGGCUGCGUGGGAUAUGGCCUUAUUGAAUACCGCGUUUGGCAAAAGCAGAAGAACCUGGAGGUCAUGCUAAGUGACUGAUUGCGAAGUCAAAGCCAAUCCAUUUUCUUGCCAUUUACAUUUUUGACUCUGUUUUCCCAAAUGAGAAGCAGAGAUAGUUGCUCUAUGUGAUAUUGCCAAAUAAUGUUAAGAUUCCCACGUUACUUAAUAAAACCAAGUGUUGUUUUAA